AUGGCGCCGUGGGCGCUCCUCAGCCCCGGCGUCCUGGUGCGGACCGGGCACACGGUGCUGACCUGGGGGAUCACGCUGGUGCUCUUCCUGCACGACACCGCUCUGCGGCAAUGGGAAGAAGAGGGGGAACUCCUUCUGCCCCUCACCUUCCUGCUCCUCGUGCUGGGCUCCCUGCUGCUCUAUCUGGCCGUGUCACUCAUGGACCCCGGCUACGUGAACAUCCAGCCCCAGGAGGAGGCCAAGGAGGAGCAGACGGCCAUGGUUCCUCAGGCCAUCGCCCUCCGGCGCUGCAGACACUGCAUGGUGCUGCAACCCCUGCGGGCCCGCCACUGCAGUGAGUGCCGCCGCUGCGUCCGCCGCUACGACCACCACUGCCCCUGGAUGGAGAACUGCGUGGGGGAGCGGAACCACCCGCUCUUCGUGGCCUACCUGGCACUGCAGCUCGUGGUGCUUCUGUGGGGCCUGCACCUGGCAUGGUCCGGCCUCCGCUUCUUCCAGCCCUGGGGGCUGUGGCUGCGGUCCAGCGGGCUCCUGUUCGCCACCUUCCUGCUGCUCGCCCUCUUCUCCCUGGUGGCCGGCCUGCUCCUGGCCUCGCACGUCUACCUGGUGGCCAGCAACACCACCACCUGGGAGUUCCUCUCCUCACACCGCAUCGCCUACCUCCGCCAGCGCCCCGGCAACCCCUUCGACCGGGGCCUGGCCCGCAACCUGGCCCACUUCUUCUGCGGGUGGCCCUCGGGGCCCUGGGAGACCCUCCGGGCCGAGGAGGAGGAGGAGGAGGAGGAGGAGGCAGUGGAGGGCGGUGGCCAGGCUGUUUAG